AAUAAAAGGGAAGCUCUGUGUAGACAUUCCAGCUUUACGUCACAAUAAGGAAAGUUACUCAGUCAUCGUAACCAACAAACUGAAAAAGCAAUAGGUAAAAAAAUUUAUCUGAAAACGAAAACAUUUCGAAGCGCAGAGCGGACGAAUCAAAGUAAAUGUCAGAAGCGAUCACCGAUACGAKCAAAGGAGGUGGGACGGUGGUCGAAAUCGUUGACGAUUCCUCCUCAUCAUCAGGAUUUCACAUUGAUACUCUUGUCAAACUUACGGAAGAUGAUCCUGAUUAUUCGUCAACCUCUGGUCAAAUAAAGAAAAAUGAUGCCACGGAGCAGCAGUUGGAUUUGGAAAGAGGUAUUGACGCCAAUUUCGCUUCUGAUAGUACUGUAGCGAAAGAGUCAGAAACAAACAAACAAGAUUGUUCUUCAACGACUCUCAAUUCUAAUCAUGAUUCCUCUGCACAGCAGCAGGAAAUUCUUCGAACCACGCCGGGAGCCUUUGCGAUCGAAAGAUUAAUAGGGGAAUCGGGAGUCGUUUCUGGACCCUCAACAGCGAUUCUUCGAACCACUCCUGAACUUCGCCAGAGCAUGAGCCUUGGUUUUCGUGUUCGAGCUCCAGACGAAACCUUGCCAACAUUGGCUCAGUCCGAGACUGCGUGCGCCCUUCUUAGCAGCCAAGAUAUUUAUCGCGAAUCGGGCGAGGAAGAACAAACCAACGUGAUAAGGGCAGUGCUCGUUAAGAAUAACACACAUAUCUACGAAGCAAGCCCCGUAGAGAGCGUGGCAGAGGACAASAYGAAGAAUAAAUGGUCCUCGAAGACAUUAUUUUUGUGUGCCGCGAGUGCCAUAUUAUUCGUGCUAGUAACAACAAUKGCGUUCGUUGUUGCAGGAAAAACCAAAGGAGAAAAAUCUAUGAAGAUGAACCCCGGUUCCACCCCAGAUCCUUUAAAGGAGAAACGGCGAGACUAUUUGCUUUCUCUUCUGGCCCCCCUUAGCGGUCCCGCAGAAGAACAGGUCUUCAAUCGGGGAAACAACACAGYUAUGUCGAUGGAUCGGAUUAAUGCUCUCAGUUGGCUUGUUGAAGACACUAGAAACAAGAUUAGUCUGACCACAGAACGGAACGAUCCAAUUACAAAUAAAUCGGUAGCAGAGCCAGUUCCGUUAUGGAAGCUUCGUCAACGGUAUGUUUUGGCUCUAUUUUAUUUUGCCACAGACGGAGUGAAUUGGGACGACCAAUAUUUCUUUCUUUCGACACAGGAUGAAUGUCAGUGGACGAAACGAUUCCCUCUAGCAAAUGGUGAAAAACAAAUGGGUGUUUCUUGCAACGACGAAGGUCGUGUCACUGGGAUCUCAUCGAGUGAGUACAUGUUGAAUGCAACGAUUAAUUGACGGCGUGCUUUGUUAUGGAAGCGUUCUAACUUCUGCGACUGCACUUCUCUUUUCUCGUACAAUAYCUGACCAUAAUGAGAAAGGAUGGAAUGGUUUGGCAGGGACAUUACCCCACGAGCUAUGUUUUCUCGMGGACACUUUCGAACAUCUCAACCUCGCCGGGGAUCUGAUGACUGGAACCAUUCCCGAGGAAUACGAGAGAUUCACGAAACUAAGGACCCUCGUGUUAGAUGACAAUUGUAUCGAUGGGACCAUACCCCAGAGUCUUCUGAGGCUGCCCACACUYACUAGAGUCAGCUUUGUGAACRCWCCUUGGCUGUCGGCGCCAAUGAAUGAAUUUUGUAACCGUMAAGAUUAUAAAGAAGGGACGAUUUCUAUUGCGGGCGACUGUUCAGGUGAAACCAAUGGAUGCGAGUGCUGCACUUGCUGCAAUCCUGACACAUUUCGAUGUACCGAUCGGGAGUCKGGAAAUUCCUGGAAUUCCUAUAAUUUGAACGCCUUUACAGAAAGGGGUUUCGUCAAGAGCUUCCGAAAAAAUACGUGUCGGACAGAAAACAGUAAGCAUUGGAUAGCAAACGAGUGCCCCUWUAUCAUCAACAGUAACACCAAUCUUGACACCAAUCGAUUCGAAGGCGAGUGCACGAAAAAUGGUGCUCAGAAAGGUGCUCAAAUAAGUCACGAUGCAUUUCUCUGGUUCUAAUCUGUCAGGCAACCAAUGACUGAGCACUUUGCAUUCCAACUGGUUUCUUUGAGCUUGAUCCGUYUGAUAGAAAACCUUUUAACUGAUCCCAUCUGAUCUCACCUCUGCCGUAGCACCUAUCAUCGACAACUGAUAACUUCGGUGUCACCCGCAUCAGUGAUUCGCAACCACAAUACGCAAACACGACGAAAUCAUAGGAUUUCACUUUCAGGAAGUCCAAGUAUUCAACUAAGUGCACUUUUCCGUUCAAAAUYUCACAGUUYUUGGUACAAAACGUGUACUCUUUGACAUCUCAACAGGAUUUAUCUGCCCUCUCGGAAGAACCCUUUGAAAUAAUGAAUCGUCCCCGAAAAGAAGGGGCAACCGGAAGCUCCGCUUCCAUAUUCAAUUCCACCCUGAUCAGUGAUUCAAAAUCAUUGCACGCAAACAAUACGGAAAGCUUGGACUGAAACGUUCAAGAAUUCAGCAAUACACACGCCUCCGUUCAAAAUAAGUAUGAUGAAUACUACUUCUAUCGUUGCAAAAUUGUAUAAUUACAACUCU